GUAUCACUAUUAUCCUAAAGCUUCCCGUCGUAAUAACGACCUUCGAGUUGCGCCACUCGCCUCUGAAUCAUUCACUCAGCAGUGGCUCAGACAAAGACCCUUCUCUGUCCCAGAGCCUUUGGGGAAGAAGAGCUUGAGCCCUAUCACUUGUUUCAAGACUUUCGCCACACUUUUCUCCGCCACACCGGCCAACGCGCCGGAACGGAAGAGCGCCGAUUGGAUUGGGGUGGUCAGCGAGUCACAAGGCGGCUGACUUGCGCCUGAACCUGCCCCUCCACGCCGAAGCCUUGCUUUCGAGGCCCACCCAACGCAAAGUCGUUCAACAGCACUUUCGAGCUUUUUCCUCUCUCUUCGAAUCUUUCUAAUCUCAUCUCUGAGACACUAUCAUUGAGUCUAGGGCUCGCCUUAUCAUGUCAACGCCUACACGCCCCGUCAAUAUCACCAGCCCUUCAUUAGGUGCCCGCACACCUAUUGGAGCAGGCAGCAGUCCAGCACCAGGAAACACACCAUUAUCCGGAACGCCAAACUUGCAAGCUCUUCGCGCGGCUUAUUCUGGCACGCCACCACCAGUACACCUUCCCUCGCGUCCUCCACCACGAAUCCAGGAAGGCAUACCGUCCACACCUGGUUCUCAAACGGGAUCGGGAGAACCUGGCUCGCAGUCUCAUAGGCUCUCGGUUGGUGGGAUUAGUGCGAGGAGACCUGGUCCUGCAGGAGUGUAUGGGACGCCUGGGAGCGAUUCCAAUGUGAAUGCAAGUAGCUCGGCGUUGGAUAUCGAUGAUCUGCCGGAUGAGGAGAAGGCGAAGGUAUUGCGCAGACAUUUGGUCGCGAAAGGUGUCAGGAAUGGUAAUGGGAGCGAGGAUGGCAGUGGCUCGGAAGGAGUAUCACGGAGGCCCUCGACCGCUCAGUUGAGGCAAGCUUUGAGGAGGGAGGACACGGACGUAUUCCCGGUUCCAUAUCAUGCCCCUGGCGCAGAUGUCACACAUGACAUCUACAAGUGGCAACGGAGACCGAGUCGUCCAAGAGCCGUUUCUUUCUCUGGGUCGACGGCGGCUGCUCCUGACCCUGCGUUCGAGCAUAUCCAUGAACCGGGAGGGUUCAGGCGGAACUAUUUGCUACUCAAGGGCAAUGGUGCGGAUGGUGCUGAAGGCCCGCGUAUGCUGAACAACUUCAUUGACUUUCUAUACAUCUUCGGGCACUUCGCCGGAGAGGAUCUCGAGGAAAUCGAGGAGGAAGAUGAAGAUGAAGCGGAUGACAGUGGGAGACCUUCACAAGGAUCGGCAGGACCAUCGCAGCCUUUUGUCGCACAAGAUCCGGAAGUCUCUUUGCAUAUUCCAUCAUUAGGCGAGCUACAGAAGACGGAUUCGGAGCGUACGCCUCUUCUCUCGCAUCGCCAGAAGUCGAGGUCAGCAUCGAGACGCAGACGGAUGAGCGUCUCGCACGGUGACGCUACGGUCGGCCAAGCGAUUUUGAUGUUGUUGAAAUCGUUCGUCGGAACUGGGGUGCUAUUCUUGGGUAAAGCCUUCUUGAACGGUGGUAUAUUGUUCUCUGUUAUCACCAUCUCCGUCGUCGCCCUCGUAUCGCUUUACUCUUUCCUACUGCUUGUGAAGACCAAAUUUGUCGUGUCCGGCAGUUUCGGUGAUCUCGGCGGCAAGCUCUACGGACCAUGGAUGCGCUACCUGAUCCUCAGCUCCAUAGCCGUCUCCCAACUCGGCUUCGUGUCCGCUUACAUCAUCUUCGUCGCGGAGAAUCUCCAAUCAUUCAUCUAUUCAGCAACGAAAUGUGUGCAUCUUAUCCCAGUGUCGUACCUUAUCCUCAUGCAGAUCGUGGUGUUCAUUCCGAUGUCGCUCAUUCGGAAUCUCGCAAAGUUGAGCACGGCAGCUCUGGUGGCGGAUGUAUUCAUCGUUGCUGGGCUGAUAUACAUAUUUGGGAGCGAGCUGGGCAUGAUCAAGGAGAGGGGUAUCGCCAAGGUGGAAUUGUUCAACCCCAAGGAUUUCGCGCUGUUCAUUGGAACGGCCGUGUUCUCGUUCGAGGGUAUCGGUCUCGUCAUUCCCAUCACUGACUCAAUGCGCGAACCACACAAAUUCCCACCCGUCCUCUCCGGCGUGAUGAUCUUCCUCCUCGUCCUCUUCGGCGGCGCCGGCGCGCUCUCCUACCUCACCUUCGGCCCCGCAACCCAAACCGUCGUCCUCGUCAACCUCGACACCUCGUCCCGCCUUACCCAGGCCGUUCAGUUCCUCUACUCGCUCGCGAUCAUGUUGAGCGUGCCGUUGCAGCUGUUCCCCGCCGUGAGGAUCAUGGAGAACGGGAUCUUUGGGAGUGCGAUCAGCGGGAAGGUCGAUGGGAAGGUGAAGUGGGAGAAGAACGGGUUUAGGUUUUUGGUCGUUAUGUUUUGUACGUUCUUGAGUUGGGUGGGCGCGAACGAUUUGGAUAAGUUCGUGUCGUUUGUGGGGAGUUUUGCAUGUGUUCCGCUCUGCUACGUCUACCCAGCGAUGCUCCACUACAAGGCCUGUGCCCGCACCCGGAAACAGAAGGCGGCAGAUAUCGCGCUCAUGGUGUUUGGCAUGGUAGCCGCGGCAUAUACGACGGUGCAAACCGUUCUGUUGAUGGCUACACCGGAAGCACCUCCACCGCCCCUUGUGUGUGGAACGCCACCUCCGCUCUGAGUUGAUGGUUGAACGUCUGAAGCACGGGCUUGUGUACCUCGGGACUCAAGUUGGGAUUAAGGGACGAGAAUGAGGUGGUCAGAGGGUGUUGUUCAUCGGAGGGGGGAUGUCUAUGGUGCAUGAUGGAGAUGACCGACUCGCAGUCACAAUGCGGUCUUGAUCGCUGAAGGUUCGGGAUGAUAUCUAUGGCCCUGAGGAUGGGUGAAGGAGGACAGUGUCUUGCGAUCAGUUCGGGGAUAAACGAUAGAAAACCAAAUAGAGGUGAGUAUGUAGAGAGUAGCGUAUCGUUUCUCAUCGCUUUAAUCUGCUCUUUGGGCUGUUGUUGCUAGUUCUUUUUUUCUCGCCUUUUGGCUUCUUGCAUAUGUGUCUCGGCUUUGUGCAUAUGUGUUCACAGUUCCGGUUCCUUGCAUAUGUACUAUGCGCUUGCUUGCAGUAAUCCGUUUCUCGCAUCGAUAUCCUAACGUGUUCGAAUACUUAGUGUGUCGGUUUCAGACUCAGUACUCAGACUCGAUACUUGCAUAGUUUCAUCCGUUGACUACUCAUCGUAUAUAACGCGACGCAAUUCAUUUGUUGGUUUGGUUUAUUUAGUUCACGCGAUCGUCGAGACGACUGCUAUCGACAGCGCGACGAUAUUUCGAUACGGUAUUCCGAUCUAGUGCUACUGGUUGGCUACUGAAUCUCUAAAUGCUUUUACCUCC